CCUCUCAUUCUUGUUUUGUUUAUUUACAUCGAAUCUGUCAUAAACAUUAAAACAGUAUAUCGCAUUUAUAUUGCCCGGAAUAUUUGUACAACAAAACGUGGAUUGUUUCGCUGAUUACCCCUUAAAAUGUCUAUCGAAAUUGAGUCCGCUGACGUUAUUCGUCUGAUCCAGCAGUACCUCAAGGAAUCAAAUCUUCACAAAACACUACAAACCUUGCAGGAAGAAACCGGGGUUUCGCUGAACACAGUGGACAGCGUCGAGGGCUUUGUGUCCGACAUCCACAACGGUCACUGGGAUACGGUGCUCAAGGCAAUUCAAUCGCUAAAACUUCCGGACAAAAAGCUGAUAGAUUUGUACGAGCAGGUUGUGCUUGAGCUUAUCGAACUGCGAGAGCUGGGUGCUGCUAGGUCGUUGCUGCGGCAAACCGAUCCGAUGAUCAUGCUCAAGCAACAGGAGGCCGAGCGAUAUAUACACUUGGAAAAUAUGCUUCAGAGGGCAUAUUUCGAUCCGAGAGAAGCCUAUCCGGAAGGUGGCAGUAAAGAGAAACGAAGAGCGGCUAUUGCAACCGCGCUGGCCGGGGAGGUGUCUGUUGUGCCCUCGUCGAGAUUGCUGGCAUUGUUGGGACAGGCGUUGAAAUGGCAGCAACAUCAGGGUUUGUUGCCGCCCGGGACAACAAUCGAUUUGUUCCGUGGUAAGGCAGCCAUCAGGGAUCAAGAGGAUGAGAUGUAUCCUACGCAGCUCUCACGCCAGAUCAAGUUCGGUCAGAAAAGUCACGUGGAGUGUGCGUUGUUUUCUCCGGACGGUCAAUAUCUGAUCACUGGGAGUGUGGAUGGAUUUAUCGAGGUGUGGAAUUUUACAACCGGAAAGAUUCGUAAGGAUUUAAAAUAUCAGGCCCAGGAUAACUUCAUGAUGAUGGAGCAAGCAGUGCUGGCGAUGUCUUUCUCGCGAGAUUCAGAAAUGUUGGCCACAGGCUCGCAGGAUGGUCAAAUUAAGGUGUGGAAGCUGUUAACGGGACAGUGUCUUCGUCGGUUCGAAAAAGCCCAUUCCAAGGGUGUUACCUGCUUGCAAUUCUCCCGUGAUAACAGUCAAAUCUUGACAGCAUCUUUCGAUCAUCUCAUCCGUCUGUAUGGGUUAAAAUCGGGUAAAAUGCUGAAGGAAUUCCGUGGUCAUACAUCGUUCGUGAAUGAGGCAAUAUUUUCUCCGGACGGACACAAUGUGCUCAGUGCUUCCUCCGAUGGUUCCGUUAAAAUUUGGUCCCUCAAAACAACUGAAUGUAUUUCAACCUUUAAAGCGCUUGGAAACGACCUGGCCGUGAAUUCAGUGCUUAUGCUACCGAAGAAUCCAGAGCAUUUCGUUGUUUGCAAUCGCUCCAACACGGUCGUGAUUAUGAAUAUGCAGGGCCAAAUUGUUCGUUCGUUCUCGUCCGGUAAGCGAGAAGGGGGAGCAUUUAUUUGCGCUACCAUUUCACCUCGAGGAGAGUUCAUUUACUGCGCCGGAGAAGAUCUUGUGCUGUACUGCUUCUCAGUGACAUCCGGUAAGCUGGAAAGAACGUUGAAUGUACACGAGAAGGACGUAAUUGGUUUGACGCAUCACCCCCACCAGAAUUUGCUGGCCACGUAUAGCGAGGAUGGUCUCCUGAAAAUGUGGAAACCAUAAAGGCGACAGCGUUUGAUUUGAUAGGAUAAUACUAACUUAUGAUUGUAAGAAUGACGUGUGAAAUAAAAAAAAAGUAUU